CAGGUUGUUGUUACAGUGAUGGCGGCGGUGCCAGCUCAGUCGCUCCGGGUGUCGGAGAUCAAGGACCUGGUGGCACUUUUUGAGAAGUACAGCACCGAUGAGAUCCGCGGGGUCGAGCGCAAGGUGCGGGGGGAGAUUGAGCAGAAGAAAGAAGAGCUGCGGCAGAUGGUCGGGGAGCGGUACCGGGAUCUGAUCGAGGCGGCGGACACGAUAAGGGAGAUGAGCCAGUGUUCGGAGAGUGUGGUGCAGUCGGUCCAGGAUAUGUACCGGUACUGUAACAAGCUGAAACAAAAUAAAACCGGGCCUGCCAUUGCCAACAAAGUGGAGAGCCAGCGUCCCUCCCAGGAGAAGUUCUACAGCAUGGCUGCUCAGAUCAAGCUUCUUCUGGAAAUCCCGGAGUGGAUUUGGAGCUCCAUGGAGUCGGCUCAGUACCUGCGGGCCACCCAGCUCUAUCUGCUGUGCUGCCACCUGCACAGCCUGCUCCAGCUGGAGUCCAGUGGGUCCCACUACAGCCCAGUGCUCUCCCGCUUCCCCAUACUGGUGCGGCAGGUUGCAGCCGCGGGGCACUUCAGGUCGACCAUCCUGCUGGAGAGUAAGUCCUUGCUGAAAGGCAGGGCGGUGUCAGACCAGGCCAUCGCCGAGGCGCUCACGUCCAUCAUGCUGCUGGAGGACAGCUCCCCCCGACAGGCCCUCGCUGACUUCCUGUUGGCCAGGAAAGCCUCCAUCCAGCAGCUUCUGAACCAGCCACACCACGGCUCUGGUAUCAAGGCCCAGGUGUGCUCUCUGGUGGAGCUCUUGGCAACCACCCUUUACCAGGCCUACGCUGUGUUCUACACCCCCCCUGAGGGCCAGCUGCCAGACCCCGCCCUGACCAUCGGCCUUCUCUUCACCACACUGGAGACUGGCACUGCUCCAGCAGGUAAAGGCGUGAAGGUCCUGCACAAUGAGGUGAAGUCUGGCAGCUGGUUUAAAUAUCUGCCGUCCUCCGUCACUGACUUCCAGCCAGUGCUGCGGACCCUCGCUCACCCCAUUAACCAGGACCACCUGAGAGACACCCUGCUGCAGUGGAUCAACAUGUGUAAAGAGGAUAUCAAGUCGGGGAUCUCAAGCCUGCUGGUGUAUGUGAAGAGCCUGAAGGGGCUGGCGGCUAUCCGGGAUGCUGUGUGGGAGCUCCUGACCAGCGAGUCGCUCAGCCAGCACUGGAGCUUCGUGUGCCAGAGACUGCUGGAGCGCCCCCUGUCCUUCUGGGAGGACUUCCUACAGAAGCUCUUCCUUGACCGCCUGCAGGCUCUGACUAAAGAAGGGCUGGAUGAGAUCUCAAGCAGCUCCAAGCAGCUGCUGGUUUCAGCCCUGCAGGAGCUGGCAGCCAGGCCAGUGCCGGGGGCGCAGGGUAGAGCAGUCCAGUUCGAGUAUGACAUCGCCUCGUUCCUGUGGUCCGAAGCCCCUGGCGACCUGCUGAGUGAUGCCGCCUGGGUGAGCGUUUCCAACCGCAGCCACCUUCUCAAGAGCGGUCUGUCCAUGAAGGCCCAGGCCCUGACGCCCUGCAUCCAGAGCUUCUGUAGCUCCCUCGACUCCAAACUUAAAAUCAAGCUGGACGACCUCCUGUCCUAUUUGCCCCCUGAAAAAAACCUGAAAGAAUCCGCCGACCCACCCACUGGCUCCCAGCUGAGAAACUCUGCCUUCGACCGCUACGCAGAUGCCAAUACUGUGGAGGAGUCUCUUCGGGAACACUGCCUCUCCUGUGUGCGCUAUAUCCUCUCCUGUGUCCAGUCGGAGCUGACAGCUGCCCAGGAUAGGCUGCAGAGCUCCAGCAAGUACUCUCCGUUAGACAGCAGCCUCAAUUCGGUCCUCUUCAUGGCCCGGCUUUGUCAGUCCAUGGGAGAACUCUGUCCCAACCUGAAGCAAUGCAUCAUGGGGAAAGCGGGCGAUCAUGUGACCAGGGAGAUCUCGCGUGUGGGGAAGAAGCUGGGGAAGGGCAGCAACAAAGCCCCUGAGGUGAACCCUGCCCAGGCCAGAUGGCAGGAGGUGAGGGAGGAGCUUCUUAAACACUGCAUGGAGGCCUAUCGCAUCUGGAGCAUCACUGUAUCCAAGGCUCUGGUUCAUCGCUUCACACUGACACUCCACUCAGACACUGCAGGCUCCAUCCUGGCUACAGCCACGAACUGGGAGGAGUUAGAGAUCCAGGAGGAGACAGAGACAGGGAACAGCGUCACUUCAAAGAUCCGUCUGCCUGUGCAGCCAUCUUGGUAUGUACAGUCCCUGCUCUUUCAUUUGUGCCAAGAGGUGAACCGGGUCGGAGGUCAUGCCCUGCCAAAGUUAACCCUGCAGGAACUGCUCAAGGGCUUCCUGGAUGAGCUGAUCCCAGCAUACAACGAACUGAUUUCAAACAAGCACAACAAGCAGGACAGUGCCUUCCCGAUGACACAGAACCGCUCCCUGCAGCUUCUGUUUGACCUGCGCUACCUCGCCAUGGUCCUGAGCGCACGGCAGGAGGAGGGCAAGACCUCCCGCACACAGCAAGACCCCAGAAUCCAGCAGGUCAUUGAUGCCUUGGAGAGCCACAUUGACCCCUUCGAUCUGGAUGUUUUCACUCCUCCCGUCAACAGCAACCUUCACCGCCUCUCUCAGAGAACUUCGGUUCUUCUGGGGCUGCUCACAGGCACGGAGAAGAUGUUCACGAGCCGGAGCACCAACAUCAACUCCCAGGAGCCUUACAACAUCCUGCCCCUUUCCUCUAGCCAGAUCCGAUUUGGACUCUUGCCGCUGAGCAUGUCCAGCAGCUCCCAGAGAGCCAAAUCAGCCACCAGGGGUUCAGAGGUCAAGAAGUCCCAGAGGGCACCUGUAUCUGCUCCCCGAGUCGAAGAAACAUUCAGACCCGGAAACCUGUUCCGCCAGCUUGCAUCCCAGGAAGAAGAGCCGGUCACGCCCUCCCUCUUUAAAAUGGGCUGGCUCUCCAGCAUGACCAAGUGAAGGGAAACGUUUCCAGUCCACCACGAAGGUUUUAAUGAAUGUACAAAGUGUCUAAUAAAAUGUUUAUUAAUUGCA